AGGACGACGCAAUAAGCAAUAAGGUGUUGGAUGAGCAUAGAAAAGUAAGGAAGAGGGCUGCUGAAGAGGAUGUGGAAAAUUUGGAAGAAGGUAGUAAGGACCCCGAGACAAGCAACCUACAAGGUGAAGAAGCUUGUGGAAACGUGGCAUCAACGAGCGCUGCCUCAAAGGUCUUUGUGAAUAAAGAAGUGGACAAGGAUUUCCUGAAACUGAGGAAAAAUAGGAAUCCAGCGACAUGGCAGCAGCUAAUGAGAUAAUCAAGAUGGCGGAAAAGCAGGGCGUUGGCUACGAUGCUUUCCUUCUGGAUCGCAAAAAAACGCGCAGAGGGGUCAUCACGGAAUGGGAGGAUUCAAUCGAAGAAUUGAUUGAUUUUGUAAUGCCAGGACAGGGGGACUUUAAAUUUGAAAGGAUGAGGAAGAAAGUUACCAAGGAUGGAAAAAAAGUAUGGACUGAGGGUAUUGCCAUAAUGGUCACUGUGAAGGGCGACCGAUUCCCUACUUCGAUAAAAAUUGGGGAAGGCCAUGUAGCCCUAAAUGUGGUGCCAUAUAUAGACCCUGUAAAGCAGUGUUAUAGAUGCUUUACCUAUGGUCAUAUCCAAGAUUCUUGUAAAGUGGUAAGGAAAUGCUUUGUAUGUCUAGAAAAAGAACACGGUAGGUGUGAUAAAUCGCCUAUCUGUCUGAAUUGUGGAGGGAAUCAUACGUCAUUGUCGAAAACUUGUUGGAUGCACCAGAGGGAAAGGGCGAUUAGGAAAGUCAUGGCCUACAAAAAUGUGGCCUACACAUAUGCCACUGCAAAAAAUAUUGUUGCUAGACAACUGGGUGUAAACUGGGAAAACGAAGAUUUGGGAAGAGAAGGUGGUAGUAGGGACUACCCAGUGCUUCCUUUGAAAAAAACUGAUUUUUGGGAACUGAAGGAGGUUCCCCUGGAUGAUGAACUAUAUGUAUUAAGGGAGGCAAAGAAUAAAUCUGAUGCUGCCAAUAUGGCAGUUAGAAGAUGGGAAAACACAUUGGGAAACACGAGAAGCAGUAACUUACAGAAUUUUGGAAGAGGAAGAGGAAGAGGGAGACUUCGUGAAGAAGAAAAAAGGAUUGAGAAUUCCCAACCGGGUGCUCGCUCAAUCAAUAUUACUUUAGAAAAUAGGUUCGAAGGCCUACAAGAGGAAGAAGGUGCCUCGUCCCUGGAAACCCCUGCAGUAGAAGAGAGGGAAUUCCAAUUUGGUAACGGUUAUCCAAUGGAGAAGGCAAUUAAGAAGAUUAGUUUGGUGGAACAGCGUGUUCAUAGAAAAUUGAUCGAGCAGCUAGAAAAGCAAAGGGAAGAGAACUUUUUAUCUGAUUUGAUGAGAUUAAUAGUGGACAAAGGAUACGAACAAGAGGUUGAAAAGAUGCUGUGCGAAAACAAAAAGAGGAACAGCCCUUCAAUAGAGGAUGAGGAUUAUGAUUAUUGGAAUACCAUAAGGCAUAGGCCCAACUGGUCAGUUCCAAUCCCAGAAAAAAUCCAGGAGAAGUUCAGAAGAAGAAGAGAACGCUAUGAGGCCCAAAAGGCGGCGAAGGAGGCGCAACAGGCAGAAUUGUAGAGCAUUGCUCGCAAUGCACAUCAGCAGUACGGAUGGACGCGUGAAAAUAUUAGGCAAGAGGACGAAUAUAAGAAGAGCAGAAUUGAAGAACUAAUGAAGAGGAUAGAAGGAAGAAUUACCUCCAAUAAAGAAGACAGUAAUGAGAAUUAGAUGUAUGGACAAUAAGGGCUUUGCGUUUUUCAGGAUGAGUGUGGUUUGGUCGUAUGUGUUGAAGUGUUUGUGGAUUUUUCUAUUAUACUACUUAGGCAGGUUAA